UUAACAAGCGAAGGUAUGUGCGCGUUUCCUUCGUCGCCCUAUAAAACAGAGCCAGCAAAUUGACGCCGCUAUUCUUCUCCGUCGCCGCGGCGAGUUCAAAUGUCUCGGUCGAUCUCCGAGGCCGUCGCCCUUUUUCGCUCUCAUCUCCAGCAACGCAGAUUUGACGGCACAACGCUCCGUAUUUUGGAGUCGAUUCUGGUUGCGCGCGAUGUUGAAUCUCUUCUCGUGAGCAGAGCGGCUCUGCGGGGCCUUCUGCUAUCCGAAGCCUCGUCGGUGAUGGGAGGAGCCUCGGGCAUGACCGUGGAGAAGAAGCUCAGGAUCGUUCAGUUCUUCGUUGGAGCUUUUGCUCUCAUCGGCGAUGGUGAAAGUUGCUUAGCACUAAAAUAUGAAGCCUUGAUCUUGCGAGAAUCAAAUUGUGUUAAAGUUCAAGGUCUAGAAGUUUCAUGUGAUGAAUGGUUAACUUUCGCUAAGGAUUCACUUGAUAAUGGAUUUUAUCCAAUUGCCAUACAGGUAAGUGCAAUUUGCUUGUGUCUUUCCACCAGUGAUUAACUUGGUUUGUUAUUUGAUUAAUUUGUUCUUUCUUUGAUAGAAUGGUUGUUCUUUAGAAAACUUUUCAUGUCAUGUGUUUAUCUAUUGGAUUCAUUACAUUCCAACACAGCUAUAAAAAGUUAAACUAAACAAACAUUAUAAGCUUACUCAAGAAUUCUUUGGAUUAACAAACAGAUAUAAUUAUAUGGUACAAUGUGUGAAUCUUUUCAAUUACAGUGUUAUGAGUCAUAUCUCAAAUACAACAAAAAAGGGUAGCCCGGUGCACGAAGCUCCCACCAUGCAGGGUCCCUGGGAAGGAUCCAUUGUACGCAACCUUACCCUGCUUUUUGCAAGAGGCUGUUUCCAGGAUUUGAACUCAUGACCUUUUGGUCACAUGUCAACAACUUUACCUUUUGGUCAUAUCUCAAAUACAACAGUGCAAUAAAAACAUUGUUGGCUCAAUCUCGAGCACAGAUCUCCUGGACCACUUUUUUAUGGUCCAGGGGAUGUGCCACUCGUAUUUGCAACCGGAUCGUGGUCGCGAUCCCGCUGCAAAUUGUUGCGAUCC